AUGUCCCUCUCACCAAACCAAGCUUUUUCCAAUGCUUAUGGCAUGUCGGCGGUCGGCAUGCUGAUUUCGUGGAUGUGCUUCGGCGGCACAACCGCUCAGGUAUCCUAUUACUUUCAAAACUACCCCAAGGAUAAGAUGCGGGUGAAGCUAUUUGUCUUACUCUUAUUUGCACUGGACAUUGUCAAGGAAGCCAAUACCUGCAACGCUCUGUGGUACCGCGUCGUGACACAUCGCGGGGACGUGUUUAUCGCGGAAAUCUGGACGUCGAGGUUUUACAUCUGGAAUUUCUGGAUCCUAUCAAGGAGAACCUGGCUACGUAUAGCGCUCACGGCCAUCGCUCUCUUGGUGAGCGGCGGCACUUGGGUUGUUGGAACGCGAAGCUCUGACUUGCUACCUUCGUUGUUGUGUACGAGACGUCCCCUCUCGCCUGCAAUCGGUCACGGAAUUGGCGGCAAACGUAUACAUCAGUUUGUCGCUGGCUUACAUUCUUCAUGGCGCGAAGAGUGGAUUCCGGACGUAGCAUCAACCAACAGCACGGACAAUCUGAUUGGUAGACUCAUCACGUUCGUCGUGAAUCGCGGCAUUCUUCUGUUUAUAUUGCAGCUGCUCGAAGUGGUCCUGGUAGGCCUCCUAGUCGUAACGUUCACGGCUUGCAUUAAGGUCCUCGUAAUACACUCAGUAUAA